AGUGAACAUCAGCAGCCUAUCACAUCUCCCUUCUGGAUGUACCCAUAAUAGCAACGCAGAUCGCUUAACACUUUUUCGCAGACUGUCGCUGGUGCCUCCGAAACGGGGGUUUGGUUAUGUAUACGUUCUUUAUUCGUUUAUUUUGAGAACUUUCUCAGCUUUGGACGACAACAUUGCCAUCCGUGUGAAAUGUUCCCUCCGUCCCCGCUACUGCUCGUUUUCCCCGCUGCGCUCUUCUGGGCCGCACAAGUUGCCGGGGACCUCGAGGGUGUUACCAUCCCCGACCCCUGCGCCGUAGUGUCUCCACCAUGCAUGAGCGAGGCUGAUCGCUUCAGCUUGGAGGCCCUUCGGAGCAUCCAUCAGAUGAUGGACGAUGACCAAGAUGGGGGGAUUGAGGUGGAAGAGAGUGUGGAGUUCAUUAUUGAAGACAUGAAGCAGCAACAGACUAACAAACACAGCAACCUGCACAGAGAAGACCAGCACAUCACAGUUGAGGAGCUCUGGAGAAGCUGGAAGUCAUCCGAAGUACAUAAUUGGACUCAGGAUGACGUGCUCCGCUGGCUGAAGGAUUUUGUUGAAUUGCCACAGUAUGAGAGAAAUUUUAAAGAGUUUAAGGUCAAUGGAAACACACUCCCCAGGAUUGCAGCUAAUGAGCCUUCAUUCCUGAGUGGCCAGCUAAGAGUUCAGGACCAGAGAGACAAACAGAAGCUCACCAUCAAAGCUCUGGAUGUUGUUCUGUUCGGACCACCUACACGGCCCCCUCAUAACUACAUGAAAGACCUGCUGCUCAUUGUGUCGGUUGUGAUGGGAGUCGGCGGCUGCUGGUUUGCCCAGGCUCAGAACAAAGCCAGCAAAGUCCACAUAUCCAAAAUGAUGAAAGAUUUAGAAAGUCUCCAGAGGGCUGAACAGAGCCUCAUAGAACUACAAGAACAACUGGAGCGAGCCCAGGAAGAAAAGCGUAAUGUGGCAGAAGAAAAACAGAGCCUAGAGGAGAAGAUGAGAGAUGAGAUCAUGGGGGCACAGGAAGAGGCUCACCGUCUGCAUGAGCUGAGGCAGGGAGCUGUUAGUGAGCUGAGCCGCCUCAGAUAUGCAGAGGAGGAGCUGGAACAGGUCCGUGGAGCGCUGAAGCAGGCCGAGAAGGACAUGCAAGCCAGCUGGACUGUCACAGAGGUGCUUCAGCAGUGGCUGCAGCUGACACAUGAGGUAGAGGUGCAGUACUACAAUGUUAAAAAGCAGAGUGCAGAACUACAGCUUGCCACUGCCAAGGAGGAGGCAGAGAAGAUUAAGAAGAAGAGAAGCUCUGUGCUGGGGACACUCCACGUGGCCCACAGCUCCUCUCUAGACCAAGUAGACCACAAGAUUUUGGAGGCCAAGAAUGCCUUGUCUGAAGUAACAGCCUGCCUGCGGGAGCGUCUUCAUCGCUGGCAACAUAUUGAGCUCCUCUGUGGCUUUCCCAUCAUCAGGAAUCCGGGUUUAGCAAAACUCACUGCUCAACUCUACUCCGACUCAAUUGCCCUGGGGUUGCCUAGAGUGUGCCAGUCAUCUUGUUCGUGCCACAGCUCCAUUCAUGGCUCCAUAGAGGAUCUUUUAGAUGAGCCUACCUCUCCUAUUUUACCUCAGAUACCAGUUGCAGUUGCACCACUUAAACGGUCUCCUCGAGCACGGGUAUCCAUACGUCGGUCACGCCGCUCCGGAAUCAUUCCUCAACCAUCAGCCGCCAUGAUCUCCCCAGACCCUGACCUUCUUAUCCCCAUCCGAACUCCCUACUCUCCCUAUGACGAGGAAGAGGAACAUUUCCGAAAAACACUAAAAAAACAAGAUUCCCAAGAAAGGUUCUCAGAUUCAGAGUAUAUGACUUCUCCUCCUCUCAGCAAACUGUUCCCUAGUUCUGCUGUUGACAUCUCCUCUCGAAAGCUCUAUCACGAUGACACUGAGCUGCUUGCUGAGAGCCCUGUUACAAAAACUUUAACUAAAGAAAUAGAGGCUCUUGUUGAAUUGCCAGCUCACAAAAUGUCAGUGGAAGACCUUGAAACUUCUGUUGAUAUUGCCUGUAGCAAGAUGGUUAGAGACAAAGCCUUGGAUACUUCGUUGGAAACAUCUUCUUUAAAAAUGUCUGCAGAAGAGUCAUGUAUAGAUUCAACAUCAAGGAAGAUGUCACGCAACAGGACUGGACUUUCCACUGAUGUUGCGCUUAAAAAGGGAAUUUCAAAUGAGACAGAUGCAGAGUUUUCACCCAGGAGAGUAGAGAAGGACACAGUGGGGGAUUUGACAGAAGUUCCCUCAAAGAAUACAUUCAGAGAAAGAAGUGAUUAUGGAAUAGAUGUGAGGAAGAUGAUAUGGGAUGAAGUAGAAGCAUCAGUGGAUCUAGCAAAAAGGAAGAUAUCAAAAGAUAUGAUGGGCGCUUCAACUGACACUUCCUCAGGAAAGAUGACAAGGGAUGAUCCUGAGCAUCUAUUUGACUCCAGAAGGAUUACUAGAGAUUCAAUGGGAGUUUCCCAAGACACAGGUUCAAGGAAACAUGCGUUCCAUAAAGGGGAAAAUCAAUUUGAUUCCUCUGUGAGGGGAUCAGCAAAAGACAAGAUAGUUGAGACAACCAGAAUACCAACAAGAAAAUUAUCUAGAGAUGAGCUGGAGUAUUAUACAGAUGUUGCUUCAAUGAAGAUACUGCCCAGAGAGAGACUCGAAGCACUUGUGGACACCUCAUCCUCUACAGAGAUGCAAGAGUUUUGUUUAGAGCCAUCAACAAGUAAAGGUUUACUGAGAAAUGAACUUGAAAUGUCUGCUGGUUCUCUCAGAAGGAGAAUGCCAAGAAUGCCGAGAGAGGAUGCUGAAAGCACCAUAGACACUCCUACUGGAAAAAUCUCUUGGGAUAGAGUUGAUAUCCCAAGGGAAAUGCCUAAACAAUUCAUCUUGAGGGAAGAGUUAUCAGAAUCAAGUUCAUUGGCAGCUCACAAUGUGCAGCCUGAUCUCAUGUUAACUUCCCAGGUGCCAUGGAAGUCUUCAUCAGACUUUUUUACUGUUGGGCCACUGAGCCAGCUUGUUUAUGAUGGAAUCCUUGAAAAAUCAUGCAGCUCCAUGUCUUCAGCAACAAACCUCUCUGCUGGCAGGCUGCGAGCAGAGAUGGAGCCAUCUCUGCCAAAACCAAGGGUUGUCCUCCCUGCUCCCUCAUUGCCUUCGGAGGCCACAGAUGACAGGAACAAGGAAAAGGAAAAGAGCAAGAAACCUUUAAAGCUCAAAAAUCUCUUUAAAAAGAAAAAUGAGUCAAGUCCAGAGAAGCUUUAAAGUGCUCUUUGGAAACUCUGGCAAUCAGCUGAUUUUUUUCUUUCUUUCUUUUGAACAAUUUAUAGAAACUGAGUUUCGAAUUGUCUUUGAUGACAUUCAGUAGUCAAGGUUUUACAAAUCUUUUUGCUCAAGGGGUUCAGCUAUAGUGUUGCAUUAGUUGUUAAGGAACUGGAGUCAUUAUAUUAUUAUACACGCUAUCCCAAUUUUAGGGGUAAUCAAAAGUAGUUAAGGUUAAAGUUAAGAUUAAGAUAAGGGCUGUUUUUAAUCCCUGGAUGAAAGUCCUUUUUAGUUAAUGACUUGCAAUGAAAUGUAAAACACAUGGAUUUCACCACAUUUUACAUUUAAUCUUUUGAGAUGCUCUGCCAAGCAUUUACUGCAACCACCUUAGGUUUCUGUUUGUUUGUGGGUCUUUCUAUAUAUAUAUAUAUACAUAUGUACCAAAACUGUUUAAGCUCUUUUAUAUGUUUUCUGAAGCUGUAUAUCGGACAUGUAUCCAGUUACUUUUGACCAUCUUGUUUAUAGAAUAGCUGUUAUUCCUUAAAAGAAGACUCAAAGCCAACCCCAUCUUCUUUUAUCUAAACUCCUACAGAGUCAAAAUGACAAAAAACAAACUAACUAGUAAUUGGUUUUACUUUCUAAACUAAGUCUUAUAGACACAUGGUUGAUAUAGUAGUUUAGAUUUUUUUUUAUAGUUAUCUGUGGUUGAAGGAUUAAAUGUUUUAACACAUGCUGCUUUCCAGUAUGACAGUGGUAAUUCUUAAAUUCAUUUUAAACGUUAGAAACUCAAUCAAAACUGUUUAAUACAGUGCUAAAGUUAACACUUUCUUGUGCAAAAGAAACUGAGUUCAACUUUGUGAUGUCCGAAUUAAAUUUACCUUCCUAAACUUAUCCAAAUUUACUAGUUAGAAAUUUUUGAGAAAUUUUUAGUACAGCUGCAUAAUGCACAUAUCAAAAUUAAAGGACAAUUUAAAGGAACUGGAAUUGAAUUUUGUGUAGGGUUUAGGGGGUUAGGGUCAAACUCCAUGCUUUUAAAUUAUCAUUAAAAUAGAGACAGUUUUUAUUUACCCAUUUAUUUUUCUUUUUAAAUUUUAAUUACCACAGUCCUUAAACACGUUUGACAGCUGACUAGCUCUGGACUAAAAAUAUGCAGCACAAUAAAGAAUCAUUUAUUAUACAACAAAUAUUUGUAAUAGUUUCAUACUAUACUUUUUUUGUAGAUGGUUCAGUAUUAUUUUCUUUAGCCCCUUUGCAAUUAAAUGGCAUUUACAGUCGCCAUCAGCACUUUUGAUGUGUGGUUAAACAACGGCCUUCAGAUAGAUUUAAACAAAGUAGACAAAAUGAUUCCCUGAUGCACUGUCGCAAAUGAAAUUGCUGACUGUUUGCACUGCUAAUAUGGAAGAUUUUUGACUACUUCUGUGUUAGGCAGAAAAAAUUAAGUAGAUAAGUGAGUAGCAAGAUUUGAAAUGGAUCAGGAUUCACAAAGUAGACAAUCAUAGUUUUUAUUCUUUAAGAAUUGUCCUUAUGUUUUUUGUUUGUUUGUUUUGCUUUGAU